AUGGUUUCAGCUACCAAUAUUUCUGCACAAAUUAGUAGUAUUCCUAUACUGAAUGGUUCAAAUUUUAAGGUUUGGAAGGAUAUCGUGGAGAUUGUCCUCGGUUGUAUGGAUUUGGAUAUAGCUCUUCGAGAAGAGAAACCUACUUCCACUCCAAAAAAUCUCAAUGAGGUUAAAAUAGAGAAGUGGGAAAGAUCCAAUCGAAUGAGCAUUAUGAUCAUGAAACGCUUAAUUCCUGAGGCGUUUUGGGGCUCAAUUACUAAGGAUAAAGAUGUCAAACAGUUCUUAAAAGAUGUUGAAAAAUUCUUUGCUAAGAAUGAAAAGGCGGAGACAAGUAGCCUUUUGAGCAAACUUGUCUCCAUGAGGUAUAAAGGUAAAGGGAAUAUAAGGGAGUACAUUAUGCAAAUGUCUCAUCUUGCUUCAAAAUUGAAAGCACUAAAGUUAGAGUUGUCUGAAGAUUUACUCAAAGAGAGGUUGCAGCAAAAUAAGACCGAAGGUGCUCACAUGAUUUCAUCUUCUCAGUAUAAAAGAAAGCGUGAUACUACUACGGAUACACCUUCUAAGCAGAAAAAGGCAUAA